AUGACAAAACUCACUGAUGAUGCUGGCUACGAUACCGGCGAAACAUCACAGGGUCUGCGCAUUGCUCCACCAGAAGCUCCUGUUACUGGUUAUAUGUUUGGCAAAGGAGUAUACUUUGCUGAUAUGGUAAGCAAGUCAGCCAAUUAUUGUUUCACUUGCUCGAGCUCUCCUGAAGGUAUGCUCUUGCUAUGUGAAGUCGCCUUAGGCCGAAUGCAUCAAUGCAAUUGUGCGAAUGGACAACCUCUUUCUUCCAAAUUUGACUCUAGAAAGGGCUGUGGCACUAACAUACCAGAUUCAGCAACCCACUACACUAGCGGAGAAAAUGUCGUUUAUCCUAUCGGCAAGCCUAUUGUUUCAUCAUCAAAUUCGAAUCUUUUUUAUAAUGAGUAUAUCGUCUACAACACUUCCCAGAUUAAACAAAAAUAUCUUAUUCGCUUUCGUUCCAAGUUUAAUCACUAG